UAUAUUCUUAGUAUGGUCUGUUAUUAUUUAAUAUAUUUUAUUGUUCAAUCGUGAAUUUGAUAGGCGUCGAGUUACACGUUUGUAUUAUAUGUGUUCGUAUUUUGAGUUUAGUGUUUUGAAAUUGUUUAAUUUAAAAUUAAAAUGUCAAAUAAAAAGAUAACGAACUUUUUUAAAACUACAUCCACGAGUGUCAGUGUUACUGCGAGUACUGCAUCCGAUUCACUUAAACGGAAACACGAAUUGGAAACGGAAGAUAGUCAAAUUAUCGGUAACCAGUUGGAAAAUGUUGUACAUCUUACUCAAAAAAAUGAUAUUGGCUUAUUUCUUAAUCGCUGCUUAUCUGAUCAUGAAAAAAACAUAGUAUUAACAAAUUUAUGGUCACCUCAAGCAAAUUACUUGUUUCCAUUGCUUAAUAAUAAUGCCAAGAGAAAUAUCAAAUUUCAGCAACGUUGGCUAGAUAAAUUUAAUUGGUUAUCUUAUUCCGAAAAACUGGAAGGUGCUUUUUGCAAAUACUGCGUAGUUUUUGCCAAAUCUGGUGGUAAAGGAUCUCAAGCUUUAGGAAGUCUUGUGACACAUGCUUUUCAAAAUUGGAAAAAAGCUUUAGAAGUAUUUGAAAAACACUCAAAACAUGAAUAUCAUACCUUGUCUUUAUUAAAAAGUGAACAGUUCUUAAAAUCAUUUUCAAGUGGCCAACCAAGUAUAAUUGAUAUUUUGGAUACAGAAAGGUAAACAAAUUUUGGGGUUUAUACUUCUU